AUGCUGCUGCAGGAAGGAGACAUCGCUGUGGAUCUUGAACGCAACGCUUUAAAGUGUGAUGACAACUCCUGCAGAUGGAGUAAAAACAGCACUGGAUUCGUGAACAUUCCCUACACCAUCUCCUCCGACUACAGUUCCUCUGAUAAAGGGGUAUUUCUUGGUGCCAUGGAAGAAUUUGCGACUCUCACCUGUGUGCGCUUCAUCCCACGCACCACAGAAUCUAACUUUCUGCAAAUUAUGGCUGACAGCAGAUGUUGGUCCUAUGUCGGUAAGGUUGGAGGAAGUCAAAUUGUAUCGGUGACAAGCAGCUGCAUGGUCCACGGCUCCGUCCAGCAUGAGCUGAACCACGCUCUGGGAUUCUUCCAUGAACAGAGUAGGAGUGACCGCGACAACUACAUCAAUAUCACAUACAGCAACAUCAUGCCAGGUAUCAGACUGGGUGAUCUCAUUACAUUACAAGGGGAGUAUCAUUACAAACAUUUGCAUAGCUGA